UUUAGAAUUGGAGUUUUCUAGCAAGAUUUUGCUUCCUUUCCGAAAAAGGAGUAUUCGAGUAUGAGAUCGAAUACAAUGAAGACCAGGGAGAUCUCAACUUAUUAUUGUAUUAUGACACAGAUAAUCAGUGGCCAGCAGUCUAUAAAUCAAACAAGACCUGUGAAGAGCGAGAAUCCGUACUCAACAUUGGCCAGAAUCAAAUAGUUAAUCUCACAGCACGAUUCGAGGCAUAUAGAGAAUUAUCAGGAUGCCAUUUUCUCCAUGAACCUACAACCACAAUUAGAACAUAUACCAUUGUUGUUCCUACUUUACAACCAGUUAGAACAAGAACUCCUAAAGUCAACGAAUCUGUGACACAAUCAUCGAAAAGAAUCUCAGUUGUUACCGAACAAACGCAUUCCAGUGAGCAUGAAACAACUGAGGAAACAUAUUCUGAAAAUUCUAUGAGCAUGUCAGAAACAACGUUCUUUUCUACAUCAAAUAGUGCGUAUGACUUUGUGCCAUACUCUUCAACUGAAGAAGCAGUUCGUUCUUCAACUCCUGAAUAUAUGGAAAUAACCACGCACAAACAAGUCUUCUCAAGCAAUCAUUCAGUAAAGAAGAGAUCCCUGGUCAACAUCAACCAUAAUAAGAGAUAUGUGCGCAGAGGUCGAAUAGUAAAAUGUCACAAUGCCAGGCAAUUCAGAACAGCAAGAGAGCGAUGGUGGUUCAUAGCUGUUAGCAAUUGUAAUGGAUCAAAGGGUAUCCACCUCAAAUACAGAAUUUUAAUGACGAAUGGUGCACCAGGAGAUUAUUGGCAUGAACACUUUUCAGCUGAUGAGUUUUAUAUCCUGCCAGUACUCAUGGCAUUCGCAAUUGCCUACUCAUUUCUCAUGUUGGGCAUUGUAGUAUGCUCAAUUGAACUGAAAUCAAGGCAACUGCUGCACACAACUUAUAAAAUAUUCGUGUUUUCAUCAAUCGUGCAACUGUUUGCGAUACUUUUUGUAUGCAGUUGUUAUUUGAAAUUAGCUGUAACGGGUCUGUUGGAAACAAAGAUCAAGAGAUUUGGCAUGAUACUCAUGAGUAUAUCGGAAACUAGUUUUGUUCUGCUCCUUCUACUUCUAGCAAAAGGUUUUACUAUAACAAGAGGACGUCUGCCAUUACCAGCUAGUAUAAAAUUAACCAUUUUCAUGUGUGUGUAUGCUGUUAUCUACUUAUCACUCUUCGUUUAUGAAGCCAAGGUUUUCGACCCUGGGGAAGUUUUAUAUCUUUACGAAUCACCAGCAGGGUAUGGUUUGAUUAUUUUGAGAGUUUUAGCUUGGUGUAUGUUUAUUUAUUCCACAAUUUUCACCUUGAAGUAUUAUCCAGAAAAGGUUGAAAUGUGCAACCAGAAUUAUUCCCUGAAGGACAGUACUAGUACAGAAGAACAACAAGAUGGAUAUCAGGAACAGAAUACACGGGAUCUGAGACUCGAGAAUGUUUUAAAAUGGUCCAUAGCGAAAAAUGUACCUACAAUAGAAACGCAACAUUUUGAAAGAACAGGUACCAAAAUUCCCUCGUCUGGAGAUCUAACAGUUGGGAUUCAUAAAGUGAAAUUAUCUCCUUCAUACAUCCAAGAUAAGGUGCAGCAGGAGGAAACCGAAGAGAUAAAUAUCGACGAACUGAUCAAUGAUCCUGGUUUGAAAAGAAUGAGAAUACAUCCUACCCAAAAUAAAAUGACGAACAACAGCAACAUGUUCAAUAUUCCGAGCAGGGAAUCAUCCUUCAAGGAGAGUCAACCAAGGGCGCAAUUUGAAGACUAUAUAAGGGAUGUGCCAAUAGAACUAUUCACAGUCAGCAAAAUGAUCGUAACAACAAAUAAUUUCACAAAAAGAAACAUUCAAAAGGAAGAAUCUGAUUGA